AUGCAAAUGGAAUCAUGGCGACAACGAGGAUAUGUCCCCGACUCGGACGAGGAAGAUGGAUUCGAUUCUCUAGAUGCGAAGAACGGUAAUAUCGAAAAUAGCCCCGCGGUCGAAAAUCUCGAAUAUAUCGACAACCCUUCAUCUUCGCCGAAGGAAGGGACGACGAGUGUAACGAAGGAGCAACAAGAGCACGUUCGGGCUGAGAAUGGCUCCAUCACGCUCUCGGAUACUGAAGAUGUGACUCGUCGACAUACGAAUGGAGCAAGUCCUCACUUGACAAAUGCCACGCAUGACGAAACGACACCAAAACAAAGAAGAGGACGCAAGACCUACGGACUUCGAUCGUCGGCUAGGAAAUCAACGAAUCGCCGCAGUAUCGAGCUGCAUAAUACCAAUGACCCCGCAAAUUAUACUGCCAGCAUAUAUGAUUUCCCAACAUCAUCGCAGGAACACGAUAGGCCUCGAUCGAAGCCCUCGAGCCUCGAAUCUACGCCGAAACCCUUGAAGACCGCAAGACCCUCGCCAUCGGAAGUUAUAGCAGAGCUGCACCCCUCAAAGGAAAACACACAGGAUGAAACUUCAAGCACUCGGAGCUCCUCUCCUGACGAGCUGGUGUUGAUACCUCAGCCAAUUCGGAAGAAAAAGCCCGUGGCCCAGAAUAUUCAGCCAAUAGAGGCGCCACAAUUACCACCACCUCCACCACUACAGGGGGUUUCGGAUGAUGAUUCUCCAUUAUCUUCUGUACCGUCAUCCUUGGGUUCUCCACCGGCCCACGAUUUUAUAGAAACACAGGCAGAUGGUGGGAUAGAGGCAGAGCCAGAAAGACCGGCAGAUAGGGAGGCAGAUAUUCGGCAGACAGUGCUCGUCGAACUAGAUGCCAACCCGAACAAUGCAUUACCCGAUCUUGAUCUCCCCGAAGAAGUGUUGCAAGAAUUACCGCGUGCUGCGCAAAGAACAUUCCGGAAGCGCAAUGCUAUCCAACUGCACCCGUAUCAUCUGGAAUAUAUGAAGUUUCACCAGCAACUGGAAGCGCGGGGCGUCAAGCCUUUUGGUCGACCUGCGCAGCAAAGACAGCAGGUUACCGAUGAGAGUCAAGGGCAAGAUUCAUAUGACCCCAAUGCACCUCCGUCAAGUCCCCCUCUUGAAGAGUAUCUUCCACCGAUAAGACAUGAACGACAUCGUGGCCCACAAUCUGCUGCGGAACGCAAAGACUCAGAGCAUCCCCGGCCAUCGCAAGCUCAUCUGGCAAAGCGACAGAAGACUUCUCAUUCUGGAACUCCCAAAGAGCGUCGGAAUUUACACAAACCGUCCAAACCUCGUGGCAUCAGAGACAACAAUACAGCUACAGCUACUGGGGAUCAAAACGGUAUCUCCAUAUAUGAUCUAUCAUCUAGCCCUCCACACACAGGCCGUUUAUCUUCGACCUCGAGGACUCCUCGUGCCUCAGAAGGAGGGUUCCGGUUCCCUCGUGGGUGGUCACCGCCGGGAGAAGUUGCGAAAUCUUGGGUACAGGAAACAGAAGAACCAGUCCAGGGCCAAUCACCCGGUGCGGGCACAGAUGAUGAUGAUGAGGAAGUACAGUCCAUCUCGUCCAACGGCCAGAGUGAUCAAGAAGAAACCAAGUCAGCUGCCGAAGAACGUGAAAUUCGACGAUUCCAACGAAUGAUUCGAGGAGCGCUCCCUGCAUCACAUGCUCGGCUGCAUCAGAAGAUAAAUGCAGAUAAAGAAAAAGCCUCGCCAGUAGAUCGCCAUGCUUCUUCGCAACGGCCGGACGGAAAGGGUGUUGCACGGAAGCUCAUUCGAAAGGGUGAUCGAUCAAGGCAACCGGCAACGCAACAACCAAGAGGCUUGUUCGAUCUUGGAGAUUCUGACUCGGACGGUGAGGACAACCGCAACGAUGCCACAGGAAAUGCUUCCAUAGCCGAUGACUCCAGCCAGAGGUUAACUGGCACCCUUGACCUUGAAGACCCCUUCGCGCUGGAAGGGGGUGAUAUUUCCGAGGAUAAUCGCAUCGACUACAUGUUUGGGCCUGUUCCGCGCAACUCAACAGGUUCUCGACACAAAACAAAGAGUUUGAAAAGGCCACAAUCGAAACAAAGUUUCCUCAAUGGGGAAAGACGGCCGAAGAGACCUAGACAAACCCGAAUGACCGAUGCCUCAUAUGGAACCCGAAGGACCAAGAAACACUCAACCGCCCAGCGACCAAGGAUAGGAAUAUUGGAUGCGCCAGAUGUUGCCACUAAGCCCCGAACAGAGCAAUCGCGAUUGCUUAGGGUAGCGACAAGACGACCACGAUUGCGUAAAGAUAGAGGCAGGCAGAGCCCUACUCAGAAGUUCGUGAAACUAGCCUCAAGGGAGGACACAGUGGAUGCAAAUGAGUCCUUGCGAGAUUGGAAAAGGGGAGCUAUUCGGCAGGUCAAGAUUAGCCCACCCCAUCCUAGAGCUCCCCAACACCGGCAUUGGACAACAAAUCUUUCGAUUCUCAGUGCUCGAACCAAAUCAAAUUCUAAAACCGGCCAGAUACCGAACCAAUUCCUCGAUGCCGAGGCAGAUCUCGACGUUUUAAACACUAGCACAGUGGAACCGGAACAGGCACAAGCACCGCCUGAAUCUGGCGCAGUAUCAGUCCCACCAAACCAAGCCCCAGUGGCCGAGUCCUCGUCCCGUCGAAAACCAGAGCAGCACGGUCACACAUGGGUUAUUCCUAGGAAUGUUGCCAUAACAUCCUUGAAGAGGAACACCAUUAGACCUGCAGCAACUAGUUUGGCUGGUCCUGGUAAAAGCCAAAAAGUGCUCCCGGCCAUGUUCAACCAGUCAUUGUCUAUUCUCAAUCGACACUACAAAAACCAGCGCACAUCUCAACCUUACAAGCCCAGCCUGACCUUGGAUCGAUAUGUCUCUGGCAGUGGGUCAUUGAGUACUGGAGGGAACCCCUCGCCCAUGAAUGCUUCUGUCGCCGCCGCCGCUGCUGCCGCCUCAGCUAAAGUACGAACUCAAACACCAACCCAUAAACCCGCUGUAUCUCGACGGCGGUUGAAGAAGCAUCCCCCCACCCGACUCAACCUCGAUGCCGACGAAUUCCGUCAAAAUCCAGAUCCUGCUACCAUAGUUUCUGAUGACUCGGAAGCUCUGGCCAUAACGGAUGUCGGACAUGCACGCCCUUCAACUUUCAGCGUCGGUGGGCUUUUCAACUGGCAACGCUUCUAUCCAGUCGACUUCGGAGUACCGUCAUUACGCGACAAUACAUUCUUCCAUGAGAGUACAUUCAUAGGAAGCGGAGAAUUUUCUCGUUCGUUGCGAAUCGCCGAGCGGGACUUCGAUGGAGAUGCCCCUCCAUUCUCUAUCGAGCUCAGAAACGAGACAUUCAAAUGGAGUCGCUGGAACGAUACAGUAUCAUCGGAGAUGGGACAGGUCUUUGAUGUCAUAAUCGAUAAUGUUGAGCAAAGUGCUGUUACCACCCCGGAGACUGGCAUUACAGCUGCCCUAGGAGUGGCAUCAAGGCUAUACAGGUUGUUGAUCAAAUACAUCACGGGUAACCUGGCUUUUAUUGACCCGGUUGACCGUACGGGGUUUGUCACUAGAGCCAUGGGGUUGGUCUCCCAGGUGAGAGAUCCGUUGGCUGCCUUUCUGACUAGUGACGAAUACAACAAGAGUGGGCUCGUCAAGAUUGCUUGUUUCAAUAUGAUUCUCUCGAACCAGAUCUAUCAAGUUGCUUCUCACCGACUCGUCAGCCCUGCCCUUGCGACUGAGGCUUUUGAUCUUGUCAAGAUAUCUGCUAAAGACGUUUCAGAUUUGAUCACGUCCAAGGUCGGUUCUUCUGAGUUCAAAGCAUUGUUCAAGGAAAACAACGAGCCUGAACGCCGCGAGUCGGGGAUUCGCGAUGAGUAUCCAUCGGCAGAGGCUUACGUUGUCACCAAACAUCUUCUACGUAGCUCAGACAACUACAAGGGCUGCUUUGAAGAUCUUCAGCUCGAGACUUUCAAUAGUGGACUUAUUCGCAAUGAAAGGGACGUGGGCAGCUUGGAGGAUGGAUGGCGCAGCAUUUUUACAGUCUUGCCCCUCAACGAAAUUGAUCUGCUUGGGAUUGCGCGCCCUGGUUAUCAGUUGACAGCUGUCAAUGACAAUUGGAAACUAGCCAAAUGGCUUCUCGCCCCAGCCCUAGACCAUUUCGAGACCAACUCCAAGGCGCAACCAAUCUCAUACAACAGCUACUGUCGAACCUUGUUCCUCAGAUGUCAUCGCCUUAUCAAUUCCUGGGGGUGGAGAGAAUGCAAGCCUAUCUUGGACACGCUAUUCGACUUUUUCGCCAAGAAUACCCUGCACAACCUGAAACUCGAGGAAGCUCGUGGCUCGCCUUCAUUUCUUGACGAACUUGAUAGCAAUCCUUCUCUGGAUGCCCGAGUGGGGGAACCUUGUUUCCACACAUUUCUCAAGAUCGUAGCAAGUGGCCUCCGCUUCCUGGCGAAGAGAUAUGAUAAGAAAAAGAUUCGAAACUUUGCCUGGCGUCUUCUGCCAAACCAUGGACGUGUAUACCCGAAAGAGCAGCCCUUGCAGCACGAGGACCUCGAUGCACUAAGAAAUCACCACGAUCUUCUUAGUACGUUGUAUUGGGCUGUUCCUGAUGGGUGUCGCCCUCGACUAGAGACGAUACGCAAUCUAGUUCAUCCUGCCACUUCACAUCGCGAAGCGUGCAGCAUCAAUUUGCGCUCAUGGUCAAGACUUGUUCGAUUCAAGCUUUCUACGGAUGAAGAGGUUUCGGGGCUCGAUCCGUUUGGAGAUUGGUAUGGCUAUUUCGUUACGGAGCUGCAGCAACAGCAUUCAUAUGCUCGCAAAGAGAUCGAGGCUCAAAACACAGGCGACAAUCGGGUUUCUCAACAGCUUGUUGAACGCACGAUCUCCCAAAACCAGCGGCAGAUCGAGGCCUUGUUGAGCAAUGCGCUUGGUGGGCUGCGAAUUGCUGUGCAACUGGCGCCGAAACUGGAGCAUGCGCACAGGCUGGUUCUGAGAACCCCCUUUGAGUCAAUCCUUGCACUUUUCAACCCCAAGCUCCCGCGCGUGAAUAUUGUUGUAUCUGAGGCACUGCAGGUCCUGGUUGCUUACACCGAGAAAGACGUUCCAGCUACAUCAACACCAGAUGCCCCUGCGGCAGUGAAUACUGAUGAGGACAGUCAGGAGUUCGGUGACUGGGAUGCAAUCCAGGCUGUUUGGAACCAGCAAACUUCUCCAAGCGAGGGUAUUGAACAUGUGGAGAAGGUUUUCCAUCCGAUUGUAUCUCGUCUCGUUUCGAACUGCUUUGGUGAGGACCACUGUCCAGAGGAUGCCGUUCUUCUCAACGUGGUAGAGUGCUGGACAUCAAUCGCGCAGGUUCUCAUUCGCCAUGGCCUCCGAAAUUGGGACAAUUAUUUGAGCGAGUUCGGCGAUGAUUCAUGGACGCGGCUUCGACAGACAGUUCAGACAAGAAAGUUUGCACCGCUGUUCCUUGCGGCGUGCAUCGAAAAGGAUGCACAGAUUGUUUCUGAUUGCCGGAUCCAAGUUAUGAGUAUGUGGAUGUCGUCGCUGGUCGAGCGCUCCUCGAUGUUGAAGUUUCAACAUCGUCUCACGGAGGCGCUCUUGAACGGAAGUCCCACAGAUCCCUUGCUUAGAAAUCUUCCGUUCUCCCAGGAUAAGAAGAUUGGCCGGUAUACAAUCACCUUGGAGGAGAUUGGCUCUCGGCGACUAUCUCUCCUCUCGAGCCUAUCGUCUAAUAUGCGUGAGCAGCUCCAGGACAUGGAACUUUCAGGCAGUCGGAACUUCUCUGUGACAAAACAAGAGUACUCGGAGAUGCUUCAGCGGGUAAUGACGUCCAUGAAAGACAACUACCAAGAGCUAGGUAACGGAACAGCGCAGGCUGCUCAAGGAGAAUACGUCGAGUUCGUGCAACGGGUCAUCGGUUUCCUCCAGCAACAUACCAGCGACAUCAAACCCAUCGACCCCUUCUUCACGGACCCUGCUUCGUUCCCUUUGCCGUCUACAGACCCACGCUACAUUGUCGCGAAGCUCAGACGCUACGAGUCAAAAUUGUCGUCCAGCAAAGAGAUCCAAACCUUGACUGGUUUCGUCCAGAGCAUUUCCGAGCGCGCCGCCAUUGACGGCCAACAGAGCUACCUGGUUGACCAGUUGCACACAUCGAUGAAAAAUACCUACGAAGCCGGGGACAAUGGCAAACCAACUCUCCGCGCCGUGCUCUUGCAAUGUGUGUUUCCAGCGUAUCUCGAAGCGACGCUUCCCAGCCGCGCUGCCUGGAUCCUCAGCCGUCCUAUCAUCCAGACCAUCACGCUGGAGUUCAAGAACCUCCUGUGUAACAUAGACACUCUGGAUCCAGCCUGCGUAUCUUCUGUUAUCGAUAUCAUUGAUGUUGUAUGCCGAGCCUCCUGUCAAGCACUAGCUGUGGUUUCCUCCCGUCGCCAUCGUCUGCAAAACCCUCCAACUUUACUCAUGCUUGCCGCCUUCCUUGAUAUGAUCUCCUCGGCUCUGCCAGUGGUAGAUUACAUUGAUCGAACCACAGCUGCUGCGGAGGGUAUCCUCACCCACAUUGAGUGGAUCCGCGAUUUCGCCAACGCCGUGAGCAAAUGUCUACACAACAUAGAUUCAGACGCAGACUUGUCCUCGAGUAGUGCCCAUAUCGCAUUCCCCGCGAUGCCGCCGCCCUCUGAUAGCAGGAAAACUGAACUACUUAAGACGGCUAACAACAUCGCCUCGAAUGAUGUCCAAAUCUAUCUCAGAAAAUGGUCUUAUCAUCAGGGCAAGUACUACUUCAUUCGUCCUGGUCAUGAGUCACAGGAGAUCAGGAUCGAGCCCGAGAUUGCUGUUCUGGUCGCUAGUCACAGUGAAGCGAAAAAGACCUUCGAAGAUGCGGCGGUGGGAUUUGUUCAUCGUGCAAAGGCUCUGGAGUUAGUGUCUUGA